AUGUCGCUGACACUUGGCCUGCCAUUGACCUACCCCAUGCCCCUUCCACCGCCCUACAACGCUGCCGCCGACACCGAUCAUCCUCCCCCGUAUACCACGUUCUUUCCCCCUACCCAACCGCAACAACCAAUGACCUACCACAAUUACCCAUCUCACCCUCAUUCGACCUACAACUCCCAUUCUUCAUACUACGGCAACACCCAUGCGCUCGAUCGCGACGCACUUCCACAUCCAAAUAGAGAAUACGAGUUAACCGUUAGGCAAGAACCGAAACAAGCUAGAAUGUGUGGUAUCGGCGGAAAAGCCGAUAGAAGACCAAUUGACCCUCCUCCAAUCGUCCAGCUCAGGGUUAUAGAUCCAUCUCAUCGGAGAAGGAAUCUUCAAGCUCCACCUCCACCUCAUGGACUUCAUUCAUAUUCUAGUCAAUCCAGCCAAUCGACACAGUUGCAGCAACAUUCGUCGCCGCCUGCCCAAAAUUCAAAUAUCCCGCCUCAUCAGCGGAGGAAGGCUAUACAUAUAGCCUCUCCUUCCCACGCGACAACAUCUUCUGCGGCCUAUGGGGCCGGUGGGCGAGGUGGACUGCGUAGUGACGAUGAACGCGAUGACGAGGGAGACGAAGACGACGAAGGCAACGAAGGGGAUGACCGCGCGGACGCGCGGCGGAGUACGAGCAGAAGGGGUGGCAGACGAAAUAGUAGGGGACGAGGAGCAGAGGGCGGCAUGCUCGACGACGAUCAUGAUAUGAGCGGACGGUGA